AUGGGCAACGAUGAUAUAAGCUCUGCUCCCGUAACACCAAGUAGACCACCAAUAUCUGCUCCGCCAUCUCAGCUUCAUUCUCCAUCUCUUUCUCGCUCGCCACUCCUCUCUGCCGCGGAUCACGUGGACGGCACCGACAUAGCCAAGGCCUCGAAGAGCUCGACCCCGAGAAUUCGAACACCGCGGUUUAUUAGUCCACUAGGAACUCCUAUUAGGAAAGCUCUACAGCUCACCAAGCUUGACCCUCAAGAUGCUUGGCUCCCCAUCACUGAAUCUAGAAAUGGAAACGCUUACUACGCUGCGUUUCAUACUCUUUGCUCCGGAAUUGGAAUCCAAGCCCUUGUUCUUCCCGUUGCCUUCACUAUUCUUGGGUGGACAUGGGGAAUUAUAAACUUGAGUGUGGCAUUUAUAUGGCAGCUUUACACCCUGUAUCUGCUGGUCCAACUCCAUGAAUCCCCUGAAACUGGCAUCCGUUACAGCAGAUAUCUUCAACUCUGCGUUGCAACUUUCGGUGAAAGACUAACAAAAUGGCUAGCUCUCUGCCCCAUAUUGGACCUGUCAGCCGGCACCUGCGUAGCGCUCCUCAUCAUCGGAGGAUCAACCUCCAAGAUUUUCUACCAAACAGUGUGUGGGUCCCACAUCUCGUGCAUGAGCACCCCUUUGACCACCGUCCAGUGGUUCGCGGUCUUCACCAGCGCCGCCGUCAUCCUCUCUCAACUCCCUAACUUGAACUCCAUCGCCGGAGUCUCUCUCCUCGGCGCCGUUACUGCCGUCGGUUACUGCACGCUUAUAUGGGUGGUGUCCGUGCUGGAAGGCAGGUUGCCUGGCGUUUCCUACAAUCCAAUUCGAGACAGUUCCCCAGUCGUUAGAAUCUUUGAUGUCCUUAACGCAAUUGGGAUUAUCGCUUUCGCCUUUAGAGGCCAUAAUCUUACACUUGAAAUACAGGCAACCAUGCCAUCAGACGAGAAGCAUCCCUCACGAGUGCCAAUGUGGAGGGGUGUUAAAUUUGCCUACUUAGUAGUCGCUCUGUGCUUAUUUCCUCUGGCAAUUGGGGGUUAUUGGGCAUACGGCCAAAAGAUACCAGAAAAUGGAGGUAUGUUAACAGCGUUGUACACAUUUCACGGCCACGAUACCUCCCGGUUUAUCUUAGCAUUAACAAGUUUAUUCAUCAUAAUUAACGCUGUGAGCUCGUUUCAAAUAUACGGCAUGCCAAUAUUCGACAUAAUGGAAUCCCAUUACACACGAAGGAUGAAGAAAGCAUGUCCGUGGUGGUUACGGGCACUAUCAAGGGGGGUGUUCGGGUUCGGGUGCUUCUUCGUGGCGGUAGCAAUUCCGUUCUUAGGAAGCCUAGCAGGUCUGGUGGGAGGACUUGCAUUACCAGUGACAUUGGCUUUCCCAUGUUUUAUGUGGUUGAAGAUUAAGAAGCCUAAGAUGUUUAGCUCAAUGUGGUGGAUAAAUUGGGUUUUAGGCCUUUUGGGUAUGACGCUGAGUUGGAUUUUGGUUGCUGCUGGGACUUAUGUCAUAAUUCAUACUGGGAUUAAAAUAAGCUUCUUUAAUCCUCAGUAA